AUGCUGAAGGAGCGUCUACGCUACAUCCCUGACAACGCCCACGCCAUCGACGACGUGACGACUACACCGACUUCCACCGGCGCCAUGGACACCACGACCUCCAUGACAAAUGUCAAUGAUGUGGCCUCCUACCUGAACAACAUUGAGCCGCUCAAUGGAUCGAAUUUUCCUGACUGGAAGGGCAAGGUCAUGACGUGCUUGGCUUGGAAUGAUCUUGAUUUGGCAUCAAGGGAGGAUAAGCCUGCUGUUGCUGCAAGACAGACUUCCGCUGGUCUGGAAAAGUGGGCAAGGUCAGACCGUAUGGCGAUCAUGGUCAUGUCUCAGACCAUCAGUGCUGGGAUUAAGGGCGCCAUCCCCACUAAGGAUGCACUGGGAGCAGAUUUGAGUGCUAAGGCCUUUCUGGCAAAGAUUGAGGAAAACUUCAAGAGUUCAUUUAAGACUUAUGCAAGCACUCUCAUCAUGAAGUUAGUGGCCUCUCGGUAUGAUGGUAAGACUUGCAUCAGGCAGCACAUUCUCAACAUGUGUGACAUGGCCAACAGGCUUAAGGAGAUGCAGAUGGAGAUCUCAGAUGGUUUUCUUGUUCACUUCAUCAUGACCUCGCUUCCCUCAUAG